CCGGCUUCAGUAGGGAAGGCUUAGGCGGGCGUCCCAGCUUCCGGGCUUCCGGUGCCGUUUUCCGGUUCGCUCGGCCGCGGUCGCUAUGGAGGAACCGGAGAUGCAGCUCAAGGGGAAGAAAGUCACGGACAAGUUCACUGAGAGCGUCUACGUCCUGGCCAACGAGCCGUCCGUGGCCCUGUACCGCCUGCAGGAGCAUGUGCGUCGCUCCCUCCCUGAGCUGGCCCAGCACAAGGCAGACAUGCAGCGUUGGGAGGAGCAGAGCCAGGGAGCCAUCUACACUGUGGAGUACGCCUGCAGCGCCGUGAAGAACCUGGUGGACAGCAGCGUCUACUUCCGCAGCGUGGAGGGUCUGCUUAAACAGGCCAUCAGCAUCCGGGACCAUAUGAAUGCCAGUGCCCAGGGCCACAGCCCGGAGGAACCACCCCCGCCCUCCUCAGCCUGAUCCUGGAAGAGACUCAGGGCCCCCCAGCCUCCGCCAACCCAGGCCAUAGGCCCUAUGCCAGUGCCAGAGAUUUCCACCCCCCAAGACAGAGAAGGGAGCCCACAUUUCCUCUGUCCUACCACAUGCCAGCAGCCUGCUUUACCUGUGCACAGUCUCUCAGGCAGAGCCCAGCAUGGGCAAUUACCCACCUAUCUCUGGGACCUCCCCAUCCAUCUACUGCCUACCUGCUGUAUGACCGAGCAAAUUCACUACCCUCUCUGGUCUCUGCAUUUACUUUCUGUAAAGGUGGCUCUUCAGGUGACCGAGAGGAUGCAGGGCACAGUGACGGAUGUGCUUUGGAGCAGUCGGCUAUUGCUGCAUAACACAGCAUCCCAAAACUUGGUGGUUUACAGCCCCAGUAAUCAGCCUACUCAUGAUUCUGCACUUUGGGCUGGGCUCAGCUGGGUGGUUCUGCUGCUCUCCCUGGGCUUCACCCAUGUGAUGCUCAUGGGAGGUCAGCUGCAGCUGCAUAGUCAGGGGGGCCCUUGGCCAGGACUCUUGGCAGCAGGGGUCAGGUUCUCCUCGUGGCCUCUCCAGCAGGCCAGCCCGGGUUUCUCCUGGUGGCUGGAAGCCAGGAGAGCAGCUCCCAUGCAGAGUGCCGGUUUCACAUUUGUGGGUGGCCCAUCCGUUGAGGCCAGUCACGUGGCCAGGCCCAGGACCAGAUGGGAGAGGACCACACAAGUGCAGCAUGAGCUGUGGGAGGUGUGGCUGACCACGCUUAGAGAAUGUGGUGCCAGGAAAGAUCUGAUGUGUCACCAUUCUAUAUCCGUGAUGGGCAGACGCAGGCAGGUCAAAGGGGCCCUGGGGACUUACCGAGCCCCUGUCUAUUGGCCAGGCACUGUGAUUGUCCUCGGUGCCACGGAAGCCCUCUCAGAGGUCGAGGGGAGGCAGGUGGAGACAGAGCCUCUGUAGGCCUUUCAAGCUGUAGCCCCAGAGCCCAGAGGCAGCCGAAUUCAUGUGUCCAGUCAGAGAGCACUUAGUGGGCACUGCAGUCAAUCAGUGAGCGCUUAUUGGACACUACAGGCAGCAAGCAUUUACUGAGUACCUCUGGCAGUUGAUGCACACUUCCUGAGCACCUGUUCAUAGCAGGCUUAGCUCUGGAUGUGGGAUGGUGAGGAAUCCCACAGGCUGAGGGGUGGCCUGGGAGCUUUCUGGGGGGCCUGAAGCAGGAGGGGCUGCCUGAGUGGGUCAGCAGCCCAGCCCAGUGCCCUACGCAGCCCUGCCCACACCCCCAACCCAGCCUCUGUCUCCCCAGUCCCAUCCCCCAAACCCUGGUCCCUCCUACUUGUGCCUCGAGGACACUGCCCCGCUGCCCUCCUCACUCCCCAGCGUCUGCUGUCCCCUCUGCUUCUGCUCCCCGGCAGGAUUGCUCUGUGUCUCAUCCACGUUUGUCCCUGCGGAGUCCCUCGCCUCUCCCAGGAACCGCCAGCCUCAUGCCACAUCUCAGAGCCUUUUUUUUCUCUCUCUCUUUUUUUUUGAGAUGGAGUCUUGCUCUAUCACCCAGGCUGGAGUGCAGUGGCGCGAUCUCGGCUCACUGUAACCUCUGCCUGUUAGGUUCAAGCGAUUAUCCCGCUUCAGCCUCCCGAGUAGGUGGGACUACAGGUGCCUGCCACCUCGCCCGGCUAAUUUUUGUAUUUUUAAUAGAGAUGGAAUUUCAGCAUGUUGGUCAGGCAGGUCUCGAACUCCCGACCUCAGGUGAUCUGCCCGCCUCGGCCUCCCAAAGUCCUGGGAUUACAGGCAUGAGCCACUGCGCCCAGCCUCAGAGCCUUUCAUUCCCACUUUUCCCCCAAAACUGCGCCUCUUGGGGUCAUAAGUGACCUUCACAGGGUCAAGUUAUCCCCCUCUCCUGUCCCAGGACCUUAAGCACUGCCCUGU